AUGCUCUCUUUCUCAGAUAUCGAUAAUAUAGACAAUGCGUCUAUAAAUACGGCCUUUACAGAUAACAGUACACUCGUAGAUCAUGAUAGCACAUACACUGUUCUUGAUGACGAUACAGCUACGCUUACAAAUAAGGAUUUGGGCUUUUCUAAACAAAAACUCGCAGAGCCUAUUGCCAUUAAAACUGAUUUGCCAUCCAUACAGAUUAAAGUAAUCGGCAUGAAUGUGCAUCCCAAUGAAUCAGAUAAAAAGCUAAUGUAUUCGACCAUCAUAUCUGUAAGGCACAUCAUCCGCAGAACAAGAGAAAAUGCUAUCAACGACCGGUACAAGGAGAUAAGAAAGAUUGAAAAGAGAUACACUGAUUUCGUGAAGCUCCAUUCUGAUCUCACGACGCAAGGAUUCGACCAGUCAUUACCCAGUGUCUAUAAACUAACCAACAAUUCGCCAAUCAAUUGCGAUAAGCGUAUUCUCCAGUUGGAAUUGUAUUUCCAGCAAGCCAUAGCAUUCACCAACACAAAGGAUCCAUCUUACCUAAGUGCAUUCUUAAGCUCAAAUAUUUUUGACGAAACCAAAGUGAAUCCAAGAUCGUCCAAAGAGGGUGUAUUAAGUAAAUACAAAGGGUUCCUUAUCGGUGGAUGGAAAUCAAUGUAUUUUGCUCUUGAAGGUACAAAGCUGGAAUACUAUUCAUCCGUAGGUGUAUCUUACAAACCAGAACAUGACUCGAAAUUGUAA